AUGAAGCAGGUUCGGCAGCAGCAUCUCCGGAAGCCAGUGACACCAGAUCUCCUGGUAAGCCCCAGCAGCCAGGAUGGGGACCUGGGCUCCGAGUGCCCAGAAGACAGAGGGAACUGGACAGGGCGGCUGGAUUUCCUCCUCUCCUGCAUCGGAUACUGCGUGGGCCUUGGAAACGUCUGGAGGUUUCCCUACAGGGCUUACACCAAUGGAGGAGGAGCUUUCUUGGUUCCUUACUUCAUCAUGCUGGCCAUCUGUGGGAUCCCCAUCUUCUUCAUGGAGCUGUCACUUGGCCAGUUCUCCAGCCUAGGGCCACUUGCGGUCUGGAAGAUAAGCCCUCUCUUUAAAGGCGUUGGCAUGGGCACGAUCCUCAUCGUCUCCUUGGUGGCCAUUUACUACAAUAUGAUCAUUGCUUACGUUCUCUUCUACCUCUUUGCAUCCCUCACAAGCGACUUGCCAUGGCAGCACUGUGGCAACUGGUGGAACACCGACCUGUGCCUGGACCACCACGUCAUCAAGGCGGGGAACAGCACCCUCCCCAUCAACAUCAGCAACACUGUCAGCCCCAGCGAGGAGUACUGGAGCCGGUAUGUCCUGCACAUCCAAGGAAGCUCGGGGAUUGGGGAUCCUGGGAGGAUCCGCUGGAACUUGUGUCUGUGCCUGCUCCUUUCUUGGACUAUUGUUUAUCUGUGCAUCCUUAAGGGAGUCAAAUCCUCUGGCAAGGUUGUGUACUUCACUGCCACCUUCCCGUACCUCAUCCUGGUGAUGCUGCUCAUUCGUGGUGUGACCCUGGAGGGGGCCUGGAAGGGGAUCCAGUUUUACCUCACACCCCAGUUUGAUCACUUGCUGUCUUCCAAGGUGUGGAUCGAGGCAGCCCUGCAGAUUUUCUACUCCCUUGGGGUGGGCUUUGGGGGCCUCCUCACCUUCGCCUCGUACAACACCUUCCAUCAGAAUAUCUACAGGGACACCUUCAUAGUGACCCUGGGCAAUGCCAUCACCAGCAUCCUGGCAGGGUUUGCCAUCUUCUCCGUUUUGGGAUACAUGUCCCAGGAGCUUGGGGUCCCUGUUAACCAGGUAGCAAAAGCAGGUCCUGGUCUGGCAUUUGUGGUGUACCCCCAGGCCAUGACAAUGCUCCCCCUUUCUCCAUUCUGGUCAUUCCUGUUCUUCUUCAUGCUGUUAACCUUGGGCCUGGACAGCCAGUUUGCAUUUAUGGAGACCAUCGUUACUGCAGUGACAGAUGAAUUCCCCUACUACCUGCGGCCAAAGAAAGCUUCAUUCUCAGCUGUCAUCUGCAUCGCCCUCUUCCUGAUGGGGCUCAUCCUCACAACAGAGGGUGGGAUGUACUGGCUGGUCCUACUGGAUGACUACAGUGCUGGCUUUGGUCUCAUGGUGGUGGUGAUCACUACCUGCCUCGUGGUGACACGUGUGUAUGGCAUGAAGAGGUUCUGCCAAGAUAUCCACAUGAUGCUGGGAUUCAAACCUGGGCCCUACUUUAGAGCUUGCUGGAUGGUCCUAUCCCCGGCAACAAUGAUGGCUCUGCUGGUGUAUAACAUUGUCAAAUACCAGCCUUCUGAGUAUGGCAGCUACCGCUUCCCCACCUGGGCAGAGGUCUUGGGCAUCCUCAUGGGAGUCCUCUCCUGCCUGAUGAUUCCCAUGGGCAUGGUGGUGGCUGUGCUCCAAGAAGAAGGGACGCUGUGGGAGCGAGUCCAGCAAGCCAGCCGGCCAGCCAUGGACUGGGGCCCGUCCCUGGAGGAGAACCGCACCGGCAUGUACGUGGUGAGCCUGGCUGGCAGCCAGUCCCCCAAACCUCUGAUGGUCCACAUGCGGAAAUACGGGGGCAUCACCAGCUACGAGAACACGGCCAUCCAGGUGGACCGGGAGAUGGAGGAGGAGGAGGACGAGGAGGAGUCCAUGAUCUGA